AUGGACAAAUUGAAAAACCUACUUUUUGUCAAAAAUGGAAAUUUUUCCAACGCACAAAUAAAGCUAUUAGCUUUUACUUCUUUAAGCAUGCUGAUAUUAAUGGUAACGGGAGAUGGCAUACAAACCCCCUUGGGUUACGUCAAACAUGUUAAGAAAGAAAUGGAAAAAGAAAAGGAGGCCAACGAAUCACUUGAAAAGAGAUUAUUAAAAGAACUGGGAUAUACCACUUAUCACGAAUGGAAGAGGGCAGGCAUUUUACCACCAGAUGAUAAACGAAACGAAUAG